GAAAUUAGAUUCUAGUUUGUCAGAGUUGGAUGAGAUCUAGUUAGCAGAAAAUUCUAACAACGCUUGCCAAGCCACGACAAUCUCCUUAGUCCUAAGUAAUACGGCUCUACAUUGAUUGGUUGUUUAGAAUCACUAGCAUGUACACACUGGUUUGAUACGUCACAGUUAACCACAUUACACAAUGAUGAUUCUUAGACUGUCGACCAGUGGAAUUGAGAGAGAAUGGAUUGUGAUUAUAUAAAUCACGGAUGAUGUGACAUUUGCUGUGUCAUUGUAAUAUUGGAUACUUCUAUAGCUAGAUAUAUUGGUGUCAUUGUAUUGUAGUGUCAUGGGAGAUGCUACACGGACUCCUCCAAAUGGGAGCGUCAUAUCUGCGGAUUAUGAGUCUGAGGCGGGUCUAAGAAGACAACCUGCUGAGAAUUCAGAUGCUGCCAGUCCAUCCAAAACAAAAGCGACAAAGCGUCAACAGAUUCUUGCAAAACUGAGAAGUGCUAUAUGUGGACUUGUACUUAUGUUAAUAACUGCAGUCUCUUGGGUAGGAAUGACACAAUUUGCCCAAUUAACAUAUAACCCAUUGACGUACCAGGCACCAUUCUUCUUAGUGUAUUUCUCAACAUCGUGGCUGGUUAUAUUCUACCCGUUAUAUUCUAUUGGUGCAUUACUCUAUACCAAAGGACAGAUAUCUCUCAAAGAAACAUUUAGGGAAGGAAUUAACAAAUAUCGCUCAGAAACAGACUGUUUUAUUCCAUUUAAGCUAUUAGGCCAGCUCUCCUUGUUUUGUUUAAUAUGGACAGUUACGAAUUACAUGUAUGUGCGGGCACUCAAUAUGUAUAACAUCCAACCCGUGGAUGUCGUGUCUCUAUUUGCCACAAGUCCUAGCUUUGUAUAUCUCCUAUCUUGGAUUAUUCUGCAUGAAAAGUUUAUAGCAAUACGGAUAGUUGCUGUUAUAUUUUCUAUAACGGGGGUUAUAAUGAUGGCGUAUGUUGAUGGAUUUGGCAGCCCAUCAAUGUGGGGGGUCAUAAUUGCCGUUGGCGCGGCAACAGGCUCAGCUGUAUAUAAGGUGCUAUUCAAGAAGAUUUUAGGGGAAGUCACGUAUUGCCAAGUGUCCAUAUUUUUUACAUUUCUGGGUCUGUGUAACAUUGUGAUUAUGUGGCCAAUUCUGCUAGCUGUCUAUUAUUCAAAUGGUGAGCCCAUGGACUGGAACAACAUGCCUUGGGGCUACCUGUCCGGCUCUGCAGCUCUUGCCUUGUUGUUUAAUCUGGUAGUAAGCUUUGGUAUUGGCAUUACACAUGAAGCAUUCAUACAACUGGGCCUUGCCCUGGCAGUACCAUUCUGUGUUGUUGUUGACUUAGUUUGGAGAAAUAUUCAGUUUGACGGCAUGAAAAUUGCGGCAAUAGUACUUAUAUGUCUCGGGUUCCUCAUAAACAUGCUCCCAGAGAAAUGGCACGUGAGAGUGCUGAAGUUUAUACACUGGAAACAGGAACAUCACGAUGAACAAGUCGUUACAUUUCAUACGCCAAGGUCACUUUUACGUGCAACAGCACAUUGAUUAGACUGAUACAUAUUCCUGGUGUUUCAGUCGCAGGAAAUGAUGGCAGUGUUUUGCCAAAAUCAUGUGGAUUUAUGUGAAAAUAUAAGCAGUCGUGGAUUUCCUAUAUUGUGCCAGUGAAAUAGCCUAUGAGGUAUAUAUUAGCCAUUUACCAAAUAGCCUAUGAGGUGAAAUAGUCUACGACGGUUUACUGAUGACUAUGAUGA